AUGAAAUCCAGGUGGCUGCCGCAGCCGCGGCAGCCGCUCUUUCCCUCUCCCCGGGCGGCACGGGGCCAGACACUACUCUUGCUGCUGUCGUUCUUCCAGCUACAAAAUGCUGCCUGGGCCGCCUGGUCAUCCACUCCAACGCCUUCCCGCUCACCCCCAACCGUCUACUCAGUAAACCUUAGCGGCAAACUGGCGGUCCGUACUGCAGAUCCGGAUAGCUGGGCGGUGUCCGUGGACGGUAUCGAUCGGGCUUACCAGCUCCCAGGACAGCCGGCGGAUUCGGACUCUGGCGCUGCCAUUGGACCCGGCAACUACGUCGCCCUGCGAUGCAUUCUUGCCGGGCCUUUGUCAACCAAGUGUACAGCCGUCACGGGUGUUCGCAUCAUCGCCACGCCGGCGCCUACGCCGUCCAGCGAUGUCCGGCUGAACAUCCUGGUCAUGGCCAUCAGGCUGAAUGCCACCUCAGUGUGCAACGCUCUGCCGGCAAUGUCGACGGCAGAAGUCGAGGAGCUGUACCUGGGCUCUGACGGUUUUGCAGACUACCUGAACAAUUGCAGCUACGGCAAAAUGGUCGUCGAUCGGAGCAUAUUCAAGGUCGUGCCAGUGACAGUGCCCUGCUCUUCGGCAAUUAUGAGCUGCGACCCUGACGCAAUCGCCUCUGCGGCCAGGAGAGCGCUACCAACGGGAAAUCAGGUCACCUCUUACAGCCACCUCACCUACAUUCUGCCCUUGGGCAUCACGUCAUGCGGCUGGGCCGGCCUGGGCGAGCUUCCUGGGUUCCAGAGCUGGCUUCAACCAACUGCUGACGGUGAAGUCAAGCGGAACACGGUGAUGCAAGAACUGCUACAGAACUUUGGGCUGCACCCCGCCUGGAGAAAUGGCGUGCAGUACGGGGACAAUUCCACAGUUAUGGGUUCCGGGAACAGCUGUCCCUCAGCCCCCGAGCUGUCGCGCCUGGGCUGGGCUUCCCCCGCGGCUGUACUAAAUUCCUCGUCUCUGCCUGCGUCGACGUUCAGCAGCUUUGCCCUGCGGGCUACUUACCUGGGCUCCAAGGGCGUCAUGGUGAAAAUCACUCCCGAUUGGCUAGGGGCCGCCUAUACAAAGAACAUAUAUCUUGCGCUGAGGUCUCGAGGUGGUGGGGACGAUUCCCUCCCGGCGCAGUUUAGCAGAAAGGUCAGCAUCCACGAAGCCGGUACCAGCAUCGACAGCAGCGGCGUUAUGUCGUACAUGGAUCCCAUCGUCUCCCUGAUCGGGGUCGUGAACCCGAACAGCGCAUUCACACUCCCCGGCUACAACCUCCAAAUCGUUACCGGAGAUAUCCGCAACACGGGAAGAAACAUCCUUGUCAAGGUCUGUCGCUAUGUCGAUGGCCCCAAUGAGUGCAUCGAACCCGAACCAGCGCAGUAA